UGAAUGACUCAGUGUUACUAUACAAGAGGAAACUUUAUAUUAUGUGCCAUUUGAUUUUAUUACCUUUUUCUUGGUUUUUGAUCGCGAGAAUAUUUUCCUAAAAGAGCUACCUUUCUUAAACAUUUUGCACGUAUAUUCACUUGUGUUUAGUCGAGUAUCCGACGUCGAUUUAUUAUAUUCGAAUUCAACAAUAGUUUGACUUUCUAAAUGAUUAAUUGAAACAGGCAAAAGUAACUUGUUCUGUAUCAAGCCAGGAAUUGAAACGUCUAAGCCAAACGUCUACGCCAAAUAACUCAGAACUUUUCGUUGCUCUGUUGUUGGCAAUAAACAAAAUAGAGCGUUAUAAAAGCUAGUGAUAAAGCUUUUCUUUUAUUGACAAGGGAUUUUGGAAAAUCCUAAUGUACACUAAACCAUAAAACGUUUGUCUUAUAACUCUUAUGGGGUAAAUUAGCAUGAUAGUCAUAACUGUCAGACAUGAGGAAAAAUAAUGGGAGAUUGUGUACAUAAGGUAAUAUCAUUUUCGCAAUGAAUGACUGAGAAUUUAUAAAAUGCAAUUUAGCUGCUUGGGAAAAUUUGGGAUAUGCGCUUUCUUUGCCCUAAUUUGAUGGUAACUCCAGGUCAAGGGCAUAUGCAAUGUCCAGUGCUUUAACGCAGAUCAGUUCUGGUCUCAGGGGGAACCAGUGAGCUCACUGAGGGGAACCAGCUGGGACAGAGGGACCACUUUGGAAACUCGUUGAUCUAUUCAUUUCAUUUGUUCAAGAUGAAGUAUCUCAUGGCCACUGAUCUGUACUUUACAUUUCCUCACUGGAUGGGUAAAGCAAUUACAAAUGGCGGCCAAAUGGAGUUGUCUCGAAACUUCAGUUCUUUUCCUGCCACGAAUGAUCUAAAUCUUUCCCCUUCAAGAAAACGGACAGCAACCAAAGGAAAAACAAUCAAUCCUCAUGAAGAUCUGGAGCAAUGUCACUCAAGCGCUGCUAGUAUUAUGGCUCCUCGAGCCAACGUUUCGUGUCAGACAAGAAACACCGAGUUUUAUUGUUUAGAAAACAACAGAGAAGUUGAGCACGACGUAAGAUCGACAGGAAGCUCCAAUCUAUUAGUGGAACAUGGUAUGGAACAUGCAUAUCAAAAGUUCUUUGGGAAGAAAACGAAAGAGAGUUUAAGUUCAUUUCUCACUCAUCUUCCAGGUCUUGUAGAUGUACCAGGAAUGCCAAAUGAUGGCCUUCAAGCAUUGAUAAACAAGCCUCCUAUUGGGGGGAAGGAACUUGUGCCAUUAUCAGGCCACCAACUAGCGGGAUUUAGACUAAAUCCUGGUCCAGUCCCAGAUCAGUUCAAGUUUGUCAAUCAGCAGCCUUCUAAGCGAAAACACAAGCACAAAAAACACAAGAAAGAACAUAGCGAAAGCAAAACGGAAGCAGAGAAACCAAAAGUUCAAGAAGGACCAACAGAAAAGAAAUCAAAGAAGUCUAAGAAACACGAAGAUGGCGAGAAGAAAAAGAAGAAAAAAGAAAAACGAAAGAAAAAACUAAACAAGCUUGUAGAUCUUCUACAUCUUGAUUCUUGA